AGCGGGAAGCGGGAAGCCGGCCCGGGCGCCGGUCUGCGCGCUCUCCCGGCUGAGCCCAGAGCUCCCUGCAGUGGUCACUCCGAAGCCACCAGGCGGCUCUCACCUCGGGUCCUUCACCACGUCCGCUUCUCAGACGCCCGGGCCCAGCCACCCGCGCGGCAGCUUCCCGGGGCCUGCCCGAGCAGGCCUGGCCUGCGAGCUGGGACAUGCCCGUCCCCCGAGGACAGCCGGCGGGUGAUGGCGACAGAGGCGGAGGGGCUGCAGCCCGCGGCAGCUGCCACCCCAGAUGCUGCCGCAGCCCAGGCGGCAGAGGCCGAGCCCGCCGCACCUCCUCUCCUGGCCGGGAACAGACUGAGCCUGGACCUGCAGCCCGGGGGCUGCCGGCGGCUCCUGCGCCUCUGUGCCCAGCCGGCCCCCGAGCUGCAGCAGGUGGAGUUCCUGCGGCUGAGCCCCCACCAGGACCCCAGGCUGCUGGAGGCCGCCCUGGCCCUGGUGCCCACUCACCUGCCCCGCCUCCGCUCCCUGGUCCUCACAGGAGGGCAGCGCCGGGACCCACUGGGUGCCUGCCUCCCGGGCACCCUGACCACACUGCCAGCCGCUCUGGGCGGCCUGGCCCGCCUGGCCCACCUGGACCUAAGCUUCAACAGCUUGCGGACGCUGCCGGCCUGCAUCCCACACAUGCGUGGCCUGGAUGCGCUGCUGGUCUCCUACAACCACCUCUCGGAGCUGCCUGAGGCUCUGGGCACCCUCUCUGCCCUCACCUUCCUCUCGGCCGCACACAACCAGCUCCAGGCACUGCCCACCACGCUGGGCGCGCUGACCAGCCUGCGGCGUCUCGACCUCUCGGGGAACCUGCUGGACGCCCUGCCCCCUGCCAUCUCAGGCCUCUGCAGCCUCUCUGAGCUGAACCUGGCGUCCAACGCACUGCAGGCCGUUCCCGCGUCCUUGGCUGGGCUGCGCUCCCUGCGGGUCCUCACCCUCCAUAGCAACCGUCUAACCUCCGUGCCCGCCAGCCUGGCGGGCCUCCCACUGCUGGCUCAGCUGGACCUGCGAGACAACCAGCUCCGAGAUGUGCCUGUCGAGCUACGGGACGCCCCCUUUGUGCAUCUGAAGGGCAACCCCUUGGGCGAGGCCUCCCCAGGCCUCCCGAGCCCCCCAGGGAGGCCCCUGGAGCCAGAAAUGCCCCGGCUGUCCCUGACCUCGGAUGUGGACAGCUUCCUGGUGACCCCCCGAGGCUGCUGUGUGACCCUGGCCAGUGGUGUCCGCCUACGGUUCCCAGCAGGGGCCACUGCGGCCCCUGUCACCAUCUACUACCAGCUGUGGCUGCCGGAGCCAGGCCUGGCCCCCCUGGGUCCCCACGACUCCCUGCUUAGCGGUGUCCUGGAGCUGCGGCCCCACGGGCUCGUCUUCCAGAAGGACGUGAGCCUGUGGCUGCGGGUCGUGCCCCCUCGGACCCGGCUGUGGCGUGAGGUGGUGGUCAGGACCUGGAGUGACAGCAGCUGGAGUGACCUGGAAACCCACCUGGAGAAGGAGGCACCCCAAUGGCUCUGGGCCCGCUGCCAGGUGCCCCACUUCUCAUGGUUCCUCGCAGUCCUGCGCCCCGUGUCUGAUGCCUGCCUGGUGCCACCGGAGGGGACGCUGCUGUGUUCCUCGGGCCAUCCCGGGGUCAAGGUCACCUUCCCCCCGGGGGCCACUCAGGAACCUCGCCGUGUGUCCAUGCAGGUGGUACACAUGGCUGGCCGGGAGCUGCGAGCCCUCCUGGGGGAACCCGAGGCAGCUGUGAGUCCCCUGCUGUGCCUGUCCCUCAGUGGCGGCUCUGCCUUCCUGCAGCCGGUCACUGUGCAGCUGCCUCUGCCGGCCGGGCUCACAGGCCUCAGUCUGGACCGCUCCCGCCUGCACCUGCUACACCUGGCCCCUCCCGCAGCCUCGUGGGACGACAUCACAGCGGGGGUGGGGCUGGAGCUCACCCACCUGUAUGCCCGCUUCCAGGUCACCCACUUCUCCUGGUACUGGCUGUGGUAUACCACCAAGACCUGUGUUGGGGAGCUGGCGCGCAAGGCCUGGGAGCGGUUGCGGCUCCACCGCGUGAACCUCAUCGCGCUGCAGCGACGCCGGGACCCUGAGCAGGUCCUCCUGCAGUGCCUGCCCCGGGACAAGGUGGACGCUGCCCUGAAGCGGCUGCUGGAUCGGUACCGCGGCCCAGAGCCCUCGGACACCGUGGAGCUGUUUGAGGGCGAGAAGUUCUUUGCAGCUUUCGAGCGGGGCAUUGAGGUGGACGCCGACCGGCCCGAUUGCGUGGGGGGCAGAGUCUGCUUUGUCUUCUACUCCCACCUCAAGAACGUGAAGGAGGUGUAUGUGACUACAGCCCUGGACCGCCGCGCUCAGGAUGUGCGGGGACAGGUGUCCUUCUACCGGGGCACAGUGCCCACCGAGGUCCCCGCGGAGGCUGAGGCCGCCCGGCGGAGGAAGGGUGCAGAUGACCUGUGGAUGGCUACCCUGCCCCUCAAACUGCCGAGGCUACGGGCAUCCACGAGGGCAGAGCAGGGUGCUGGACUCUCCCUGGCCCCUCUGAACCUGGGUGACGCGGAGACCGGCUUCUUGACCCAGAGCAACCUGCUGAGUGUGGCAGCUCGCCUGGGGCCCGACUGGCCCACCGUGGCCUUGCACCUGGGCCUCCCCCACCAGCAGCUGCAGCGCAUCCGCCACGCCUUCCGGGACGACCUGGAUGGGCAGAUCCGCCAUAUGCUCUUCUCCUGGGCUGAGUGCCAGGCUGGGCAGCCGGGGGCCGUGGGGCAGCUGCUGACGGCCCUGGAGCAGAGCGGCCGGCGGGACGUGGCAGAGGAGGUUCGGGCCAUCCUGGACCUUGGCCACAGCAAGUACCAGGACAGCAUCCGGCGCACAGGCCUGGCCGGGCAGGACCCCUCUCCAGCUGACCCCAGCCCUGCACCGGCUGCGGAGCCUGCCCAGGCCUAGGCUUGGCCACGUGGCCCUGGACUUGACCUGCUGGGGUAGGCGGGGCCCUCCAUGAAAGCCUUGGUGUUCUGUGUG